UUGAACCCGUCAUACGCUGUUUAGAGUUGCUUAUUGGUUUAGACAGGUGUCAAUCAAGAGGGAAAAAAAAAGCAGCUCACUUGACCUAUCAGGUGCAGAGGGGCGGGAUUACAGAGUAACGGAGCAAGACACAAACUAAAGAGAAACGCAUUAACACAGUCUGUUAAGUUAAAUAAUAUUUACUGAAUUUUAUAUAAAUUUAAUAUAAUUAAAUAUACUUUAUUUUGUUUCUAUGCAAGGAAGUGGAAUGUUGGAAUUCUAUUUUGUCGAUAAAGCGAGCUAAUGCUAACUAGCUCAGGCAGUCGCUAGCAUAGAGAGAGGACUGUUUACACCGGAGAACUCUUAUUUCUGCUCUGGAAUGUGCUUGGACCGGGUUGACGGUGCUGUGAAGAGCCGGUCGGACGGUUUGGACUUUGCUGCCGGAGCGUUUCUGUACACCAAACGGAACAGUUCGUGCCCUGUCUGACCGUUAACAACGCCUGAGAGUCAACGGAACUCUUUCAAAGGAGGAGUGACCGCAAACAGCCGAGAAUAAAGAUGAUGCUUAGCCCGGACCAAGCCGAGGCGGACCUCUCAUGGACUCAAUCCGACCCGGAGUCGCUCCUAAACGGCCUCAAGUCCGCCGGCUGCGGCUCGGACGAACCUGCGGAGGGGGAGGACAGGGCCAAAUGUAAAGCCGACCAGCCCCUGAGCCGGGAGGAGAAGAGGAGGAGGAGGAGGGCCACGGCCAAGUACCGCUCGGCCCACGCCACCAGAGAGAGGAUCCGGGUGGAGGCGUUCAACGUGGCCUUCGCUGAGCUGAGGAAAUUACUGCCCACGUUGCCCCCGGACAAGAAACUCUCCAAGAUCGAGAUCCUCAGACUGGCUAUAUGCUACAUCUCCUAUCUCAAUCAUGUGUUGGAUGUCUAAAGGUGACCCCCCCCUCACUAUGAGACAUAAGGUUGGGUUGCUAAAUUGGACUCAAGCGGAUGCUGGGGCGUCAAUUAGGUAUGGCAAUGUUGGCAUAAGUACGGGGAUUUAUAACUCUGACAGUUUACCCGAUAUUUUUAACACUACAAGGCCGAUAUUUUGUACAAAAAAGUCACUCUCUUUAAAUCUUUGGCUGCGAAAAUCAAGAAUUUAUCAUUUUUUUCCUUAAAACUGCACCCACAACAAAAAUAAAAGCAACAUAAAUAGUUUUUAAAGAUAAACUAAUCCUAGAUAAGAUGUUUUCAAUCUGUCUGAAAUUUGCAGCUGAAAAAAAGUCACAUUUUUCAACCUUAAGAAUAUUUUUAAAAUUAAAAUAAGGCUAUAAAAUUUUAUUUAAUCCCAAAUUUGUUUCUUCAUAGCUCACUUUAGCCAUAAAAAACGAGUAACUGUAUUCUUUUAAACUGCUGCCACCAGUUUCCUAGACUUGUUAUGAAUCGUGAAACUGAUAUGGAAUAAAAGCAUCCUAAUUUAAACGAAUUUAUAAAUGGAGGCCAGAAAUGUUUUAUUUUUUUCAUCUAACAUAUCAUGAAGAGUCAGGCACUUUCUUUAAAUUUCUAGCCAAAAACUGAGCCACAAAAGAUAUUUUUUAACACUGCACUCACAACUCUCUUCAGUUUUUGUGACAAAUCGUGAGAAACACUACAAAAUAAAACUAACUCGGUUUUUUCCCCCCUAUAAAUGAAGACUAGAAAAAUUACAAUUCCGUCUGAAUUUGUUUUUCCAAAGCAGAAUUCAGGCGUUAAUAUCAGCUAAAAAAGCACCAUGACAUUUUUCUGAGAACUGCACACAGAAGUUGUGUAGUUUGUAAGAGAUGUUAUGAACCGUGAAUUAACCACAAAUAAAACAACUCGAAUAUUUUCUACAUAAACGGAAGCCACAUGCUAAAAAGUGAGCCCAAAUUUCACGCUAAAUUGCUGAUAUGUCAGCUUUGUAAGCUAACACCGAUCUACAGAACACCUCUUUUGUGAGCUACAUUACAAAAUAAAUACCUGCUGAAUUUUAUAAUCAUAUUUGAGGCUGGAAAACCCACAUUUAAUCUGUAAUUUGUUUCUUUAAAGCUCCUGUUAGUGACUAACGGCUGUUUUAUCGGCUCAGUUCUUUAAUAUCGAUCAAAGUAACACCAAGCUAUGACGUCAGAGACGUUAUUUCAGGAAAUGUCGGCUUUUAUUUCCGCCCGUUAAACUUUCAAAAUAAAUUACAUUAAGCUAUCUUUCCAACCAAAAGAGCCCUUAACUCCCCGAAGGUUGCCGGGACUUUGCCAUACCUUCAAGCUGACCGAGUUGACCCCUCUUACCAGCACGAGCCCAGCGUUGCUUAAUAAAAGAUGGCAGUGGUGUUAUAAAAGUUUUUGCUCCCGUGAAAGUUGUCAACUUUCAGUCCAGACCGCUCACUGAACAAAAGCAACAAGCGCUGAGUCGUUUGAGCUGUUAGAUGCAAUAAUGAGAAUAAUGAUCAUUUCCCAGUGAGGAAGCCCCCCGGAGGCAUUCACGUUUCCCCUCAGCAGUGAUGGAGACCAAGAAAAGCCGAAAUUUCACGUUAAAACACCCAUUAAUGACAUUCCUACUGAAUGUCAUAAAUAUAUCAGAGUCUCCUCUUCCCGCUGUGUCAAUUUGAUGUCGAAUAAACAAACACUGGGGCAUUUUUAAAGCGGAAAUGGAAGGAUGUAAACGAGAUAGCUGCUUUAGAUCUAGUUUUAGACGAUGUUUUCCGUAAUGGAAGAAAAAAAAAAGAUUCAAUGCGUAAGUGCCACUUAUGACAUAUAAAAUUGUGACCUUAAUCAUUUUUUAAAAGUGUAUUGAAUUAUUUAUUUAAUUGUGUUAAUAUUUAAGGCUUAUUUAUUUAUGUUGAUAUCAUAGGCUGGCGUCUUUUUUGUAUAAAUGUAUAUUGUUUGUUGCUUCUAUAUUUUAGGCUGUGAAAUUGAACUCUGAAAGUGAUGGUGUUCUACUCUUUAAAAAUGGCACUUUCUGUUAAUCCAUAGCAUUCGUUUGAUGUAUGUUUGAUGUAUGUCAUAUUUUGUUUUUAAUGUCUAUUGUCAUCAAUAGCAACGAUAAGCACUUCAAAAUGGGGUUAAAUGGCCUCAUAGAUGUUUAUUUCCCUUAAUUGUUGUGUUAAGAGGUUGCUCAAUGAUAACGAAUUGGGCUGUCAAAUUAAAAAAAAAAAACUGUUUCACUGACGGAAAAAAUGUACUAAUGAUGAUGUUGAACGAUUUGUACCACAAAGGGGUUAUUACACAAUUCAGAAGCAAGCCUCUUUUUUUGCUGUGACCAAAAAAAGAAAAUAGCCUAAUGCUAAUAAUAAUUUCGAAAAAUAGCCUGAAUUUAUUCUUUUUAAUGUUUUUUGUUUGGAUAAAUUAGUUUGAAUUAUUUGUCUCUGCUUUGUAUUACAAAAUUCAAUAAGUAAUUUUAUAGUGAAGAAGAAAAAAAACAACAUAUCCUCUAUCCAAAGAUUUUUUGUCUCUUCAGGGUUGUGUAGGCUACUUGUUGCUUUAUGCAGAUCUUUUGUAGUAGAGGUAUUGUGUGACAGCUGGUUUCUAAUGGACAAACUUUUCAUA